UGGCUGGAGGCCGCACCCAGUGACUGGGCUGAUGAAGGGACAGGACGGGGCCCGUUGUAUUCUCCCGGUGUGUUUGCCAUGCACGUGUCUGUUAACCUUCGGAGGAGACUCGCGAGCAGCCGAGCAGCUCCCUGUGGGAGGGGUAAGCGAGGCGGACACUGUAGGCGGGUCCCACUUUGCCCAGAGGUUAGAAUGGAAGGGUGAGCUGGGAGGUGAGGAGAUCCCGCUGUGCGCCGGCUGUGACCAGCACAUUCUGGACCGGUUCAUCCUCAGGGCUCUGGACCGUCACUGGCACAGCAAGUGCCUCAAGUGCAGUGACUGUCACACGCCGCUGGCCGAGCGUUGCUUCAGCCGCGGGGAGAGCGUCUAUUGCAAGGACGACUUCUUCAAGCGCUUCGGGACCAAGUGCGCCGCGUGCCAGCUGGGCAUCCCGCCCACGCAGGUGGUGCGCCGCGCCCAGGACUUCGUGUACCACCUGCACUGCUUCGCCUGCGUCGUAUGCAAGCGGCAGCUGGCCACGGGCGACGAGUUCUACCUCAUGGAGGACAGCCGGCUCGUGUGCAAGGCGGACUACGAGACGGCCAAGCAGCGGGAGGCCGAGGCCACAGCCAAGCGGCCGCGCACGACCAUCACUGCCAAGCAGCUGGAGACGCUGAAGAGCGCCUACAACAACUCGCCCAAGCCGGCGCGCCACGUGCGCGAGCAGCUCUCUUCCGAGACCGGCCUGGACAUGCGCGUCGUGCAGGUUUGGUUCCAGAACCGCCGGGCCAAGGAAAAGAGGCUGAAGAAGGACGCGGGCCGGCAGCGCUGGGGACAGUAUUUCCGCAACAUGAAGCGCUCCCGCGGCAACUCCAAGUCCGACAAGGACAGCGUCCAUGAGGAGGCGCAGGACAGCGACGCAGAGGUCUCCUUCACCGAAGAGCCGUCCAUGGCGGAAAUGGGCCCCGCCAACAGCCUCUACGGCAGCCUGGGGGAGCCUGCCCCCACCCUGGGCCGGCCCGCGGGGGCGCCUGGCACCUUCACCAUGGAGCACGGAGGCCUGGCGGGCCCAGAGCCCUACGGCGAGCUGCGCCCCGGCAGCCCCUUCGGCGUCCCCCCGUCUCCGGCCACCCUGCAGAGCCUGCCCGGCCCCCAGCCCCUGCUCUCCAGCUUGGUGUACCCGGACGCCAGCUUGGGCCUCGUGCCCACGGGGGCCCCAGGAGGGCCCCCACCCAUGAGGGUGCUGGCAGGGAACGGACCCAGCUCCGACCUGUCCACGGGGAGCAGCGGGGGCUACCCCGACUUCCCUGCUAGCCCCGCCUCCUGGCUGGACGAGGUGGACCAUGCUCAGUUCUGA